GGUGUCGCGGACGCGCGCUCGGCUCCGACAGGCGCGGUUGAGUGCGCAGGGUCCCCCGGAGCUCGGCGGCGGCGUUCCGAGAUGGCGGAGAAGGCCGGCGAGGCGGUGAAGUACUACACCCUGGAGGAGAUAGCGCAGCACAAGACCAGCAAGAGCACCUGGGUGAUCCUGCAUCACAAGGUGUACGACCUGACCAAGUUUCUGGAAGAGCAUCCAGGUGGGGAAGAAGUCCUCAGAGAGCAGGCUGGCGGCGAUGCUACGGAGAACUUCGAGGACGUGGGGCACUCUACCGACGCUCGAGAACUGUCCAAGACGUUCAUCAUCGGGGAGUUGCACCCAGACGACAGAGCAAAGUUACCCAAGCCCUCGGACACUCUCAUCACUACUGUCGAUUCCAAUUCCAGUUGGUGGUCCAACUGGGUGAUCCCAGCCAUCUCUGCCCUGGUCGUAGCCCUGAUGUAUCGCUUCUACAUGGCAGAAGCCUGAUCACCCCUGGACACCAAGGAAGAAGAGACCAGCUUGGCUGAGGGAGAAAAGAAGCCAGUGUUAAUCACUUUCCCUGUCUGAAACCACCUGAAAAAAUAAUUCCAAUAUGUCUGUUUCUCUUUCCUCCCACAUUCGAAAUGGAACAAAAAGAACUGUCUACUACUCAACCUUUCAGAUGUGCCUUUUUAUCCAUCAACUUCAUUUUGAUGUUUCUUCACUAUAUAAUUUACUUAUUGUAAGCAUAAUCUUUUUAAAAUAUAUCUGGCUUUUAA